AAUGAUUUUCACUUGUAUGUACAAGUUUUUAGUCAGAAUGUCUGUACCUGAACUGACCUUUUUCUUUUUAGAUCCAAUAUUGUCCUAGCUUGUAAUGUUAGUUUACUUUAAAUGGUAGCUCCAGGGGGAAUUAAUUUCAGCUAAAUACUUGCCAGGAACAAAAGAACUUUGAAUCCCAGCUAGAAAUGGACCCUGGCCUAUCAUAGAUUACACAUUAUGUGUGUGGUGGAGGAAAUAGUUGUUUGUGUAUCUCUACAUUCUUGCUUUAGGCAAGGAGUGAUAAACAAGAAGAGAAGUCCUUUGUAAAGGAGCAAGCUUGUGGGAAAACUGAAAGCCAGAUCUGGACACAUGGCGACUGCAGGAAAGGUAAGGAAGACUGUUUUUAUGGUUCAGUCUAGUCGAUCUGAACGCUGCAUUCUAAUGUUUGCUUUUGCAUAGCUACUACAUUGCUUUGAAGAGGAAAGAACUAAGCUUUGCUACAUUCCCAUUGCCAGAGGAGAGAAACCUCUGAAUUUUAUUUGUGCAAAUUGCAAAGCUGCAAAGACCAAGAUGUAAAAAAUUAUCUCCUAUUUAUACAUUCAAAACAAGAGUCUGCUUGAUAUAAGUGAAUGAGACAAACAGCAGGACACUCGAUUUUCCCAAUAAUACUAAAAGCUGACAUUGCAUUGUGUAGGCAUUAAAUAAUAAACCAAGAGGUUCUGGGUUUGAAGGUUACCUCAACUAUUAGAUUGCAUUACACAAGUUAUUAUUGUUGUUGGAAUAAUUCAUUACAUACUGUAAUGAGUAUGGGUUGCUCGUGCGUAAGUUGCCGCCUCUCCUGGCUUUGUUGCCUUGCUAAACCUUUCAGUCUGGGCAGCCCUUCACUUCGUGGCUGCCUCAGUCGCUAGCAGAAUCUGUCAGUGGGCGUUUCUUAAAUCUCUUCCAAUAUAAAAGUUGUUUGACACCCAGUCUCCUCCUACUCUCUCUGCGCGGAAGUCUUCUGCGCAGGGAGGGCGUGGGUAGAGGAGGACCCGUGCUCUCCCCGCUGGUGUCCGGUGAAGAGUCCUGGAGCCCUCUCGCCGAUUCCCCCAUCAGCCCCCCUUUAUCCCUGGUGUUGCGCUGAUUUGCUUCCCCAUCUGCGGAGCUGCCUCUCUCCCUGCUGGACCCUUCUCCAGCAUCAUUUGAGAGCCUUCCCUCCGCCUCUAGGUCCGAUGUCAGUUCCCUGACACAUACAUAGAAAUAAAUUAUUUUUAAAAACCUUACAAACUUAUAUUGAUAAUAAACCUGCCAUUUUUUAAUAACAAUGCAUGUUAUAAUUACAGUGUUCCCAAAAGUGUAUAUGGUUUGACAUAGUCAUGCAGACUGUCAGUUUCAAAUAAUUAUAUUGACCUGAAGUUGAUAUUUCAUUUACUAACAUCAGGAAAUUGGCACUAGCUGGUUGAAAGAAGCCCUCGUAGGUCAUAGAAUCAUAGAAUCAUAGAGUUGAAAGAGACCACAAGGGCCAUCGAGUCCAACCCAAGGUCUUUGAUGGAGGUCUUUUCUACGUUUAACUGAAGAUGCAGAGAACUGAACCUGGAAGCUUUUGUAUUAAAAGCUUGUCUUCUGUUACUGAAAUACAAGCCCUGUCCAAUAAUGAUCAUAAUAUUAUUUAUUCAAAUGCUACUGUUUUCUGAACCCCAUUAACUGUUACAGCAUCAAAUGGCAUCCUUGUUGGUGUGGGUUGGGCAUUACUAAAGUGUUUGUAGGCAGUAGACUUUGGGAGCACAGGUGUGCUGGUCUAGUGACACUUGCAAGUCAUGUGAUAGGGAUGGGCAACCUUUGGCAACUGAGGGCCACGUUCCCUCGGGCGUAAUCUGUCAGGGGUCACAUACUACCAGUGGGCAGGACCGGAGCCAAAAGUGGUCAGAACCAGCUUUUUCCCAUCUCUCUUUCGGCUAUUCUCCUCCUCCCUCUCCAUCCCUCCCUCUCUUCUCCUUCCUUUGCGCUGUUGAAAGAGGGAGAGAUUAUUCUUGCCAGCGGUCUGAACUGAUAGUUUAUAGAGCAAUUUUGAAAAAAGGUCUUGGGGCCAAGGUUUCGCACUCCUGCUGUAGAGUGAAAGUGGCAAUCUCCAUGCUGACUAGAGCAACUCUAAGGUUGCAAUCUUAACUGAAUCAUUAUAAGGUACACUGUGAAAUUCAUCUCUGACCUGUUUUGAUUGGCUCCAUUUCCACAGGUGAUCAAAUGCAAAUGCAUAAUGUCUUGAGUUUCCUGUGACAUUAUUGUUCCUUACUUUCUCCUUUUUGUUUAGCUGGCCUUAUGCUCUGCAUAUCACUCCAAUUCCAUUUCUUAUUUCCCCUUUUCCUGUAGUUGCCAGCAGCAGUGGAAUACAGGUGUUUAGUUUGGAUUAACUUAUCCAAACAGAGCCAAAGAUUGGAGGUGGCCAGAAUUGGAUGCAAUUGUUAUACUGCAGGGGUUGGGUGCAGAGGGGACAGAGGUGGAGACCGAGGAAAUCACUCUCCUUGUUUUCUGAUGUGUUUUGUUUUGUUAUCAUCUUUUAAAACAGCACACAGAGUGUAGGUGGGAGGGAAGUUGGCCAGACUGUGUCUCUCCCCCAAUCUUACAUUUGAACUCAGGAAAAAAGUGAAUGUACCAUUACUUUUAAAAGGAACGAAAAACUGUCACAGGGUAAAAUGGCAGCAAGAAGGGUAAAAUGGCAGCAAGAAGGGUAAAAUGGCAGCAAAACCUGCUGUUUUGGCAAUAAUAGCACAGGAUGAGGACAACUGAUCUCUGCUAAGGCUUAGAUUUUAAGUCCUCAGUGGCUUGGGACCUAAUAUCUGAGGGAAAGCCUCCUCCCAUAUUGUCCUGCCUUUGAAAUUCAUAUUUGAUCUUGUUUUGAUUGACUCCAUUUCCACAGGUGAUUAAAUGCAAAGCCGCAAUCAUCUGGGAUGUUGGCCAAUUGCCUUCUGUGGAGGAGGUGGAGGUUGCACCACCAAGAAGCCAUGAAAUUCGAGUGAAGGUAAAACUUAUUAUUCCAAAAGGGAACGUGCUUUCAUUCAUUGUGAAUUACGAUUGCCGUGGCUGAGGAUCUUGUGCCUAAACUCUGAAAACUUGGAUACGGGAGUCUUGAGUGGUGGGGCAAUGGUUCUGGAAGACUUAUACUUAAAACUCAAAGGUGGCUCUUUCCCUGCCAGGAGAAGAAAGAUUCCACAAAAGUCUCAGCCACAUUUGUGCAGAGUUUCAACUAUAGUUUGUUGAGGUUGUAGUUGAAACGUACACAGCAAUAAGAUGAAAGGAAAUCUAAUACUUCUGAGCAAGUUCAAAAAAGAAUAAAAGUGAAAGGUUCUCCCUACUGUCUUUCGUACAAAGAUUAUAUGUAUUUCUGGCUAGUCCUUUGGGUCAGAUCUGAACUGGAUCAAGUGGGUAAUAUUCUUGCUGAAACUCUUGUAAGCAACUUUCCUUGUGGGCUGGCCCUCUCUGCGAAUACCUGCAGUUGUGUGAAUGAGGUAUCUGCACGAUCAUCUGUUCACAUGGAGACCCAUUUUUUUGACAGAGACAAAAAAAUUCAGUGCCAGUUCUUGACGAAAAUGUGUGCCAGGUUGAAGCAGAGUAAGUACUGAAAUAAUAUAUAUUCCAUUUCCCCUGCAGAUAGUGGCCACUGGGAUCUGUAGGACGGAUUAUCAUGUAGUGAAAGGCAUUUUUGCUAACAUAGACUACCCAGUUAUUGUGGGUCACGAAGGAGCUGGAAUUGUUGAAAGUAUUGGACCAGGAGUCACUUGCGUAAAGCCAGGUAAGGAUGAGGCAGAUCAGAAACUCAGAAGUGCUUGUGCAUUGGUCCCCGUUGGGAUUUGCAAGCAUGACAUAAAUAGCUUCACUACAAAUUGUCUUCUAAUGUAGGCAUGGGGAAACUUUGGGCCCCCAGAUGUUGCUGAACCACAACAUUCAUCAUCCCCAGCAAUCAAGGCCAAUAGCCAGGGAUGGUAGGAGUUGUUCACAUUAUAUACUACAAAUAAUCUCUUUCUCCAAGUACCCAUCAGAAAUGUAAGGUAUGCAUGAAAAUAGUGUUACAAAUGUUGGACAAAUGCCAUCCCCUAUUCCUGCUGAGUGAUAGCAUGAUUCCAGGAGGUUCCAGGCCCUCAGCCAGGGUCUGUGUUCCUUUGGAGAAUUGAGACAUGGCAGAGAUUGUUGUAGCUUUAAGAAAUAUGAUUUAUUCACCUAUUUACAUCUUCAGUGCAUAGAGGGAGUCCAAAUCUUACAGCAUUGUCAUCGCACAGAAGUGCAGCCCUGGAGUCAAAGGCUUAUCUUUCAGCCAGCCUUCAGCCAGUCUGCCCAAGAUGGAUCCCAGACUUUGUUCACCCACUUCUUCCCUGCACACCUUGCUAAAAACUAUAUUUUCCUGUCACUUCACACCAAGUUAUCCUGGCAACCUUCUGCCUGCCCAGAUUCCUCCUAGAUGGGCCUUCAAUGCCUUUUGUUAUGUUAAUGCCUCUAUCCCAGGAGAGACCCUGGCUUGGAAAGGAAUCUUAGCCUGAUUUUUCCACUGGUCUGCAAUCUUUCCUUCAAUACUCCAAAUAAUCAAAAUCCUACCAUAUAUUAAUUUCUAGGGUUUAGAGGAGCACCCCCCCCCAAAAAAAAAUAACAAUAUGCUUCCCUAUUGACACACCUCUUGCAAUAUUCCUUAUUAAUAUCACUGUGUUUCUCACAAAAUCAAGCAAGUACACUCUGGCAGAAAUGCUUCUGUUUCCUUUGAGUGACAACCAUAGCUUCAUAAUACACAAAGUAGCCCUGUAUAUGCUGACUACAAAAUAAUCAGGGGAAAAGAGUAUAAAUCAAUAAAAAUUGUUGUGGUGAUCUGGAGAUUUGAAAUCAAGCUGGAUUUGAGUUUGUUAGUGUCUCUGGUAACUUCUCUCUCUUACAUCACGGAUGUUGGCUUACAUUAUGGAAGUAUGUUCUGCAUUUCAUUAAUAUUAUUGCUACAAGUUUUUCAUGGCCUUUGAAUAGAACAAUAAGCCUAUGAACUUGAACUUAAACUGUUCUUGUCCUUGUUGUUUUCCCACAAGGUGACAAAGUCAUUCCUCUUUGUCUUACCCAGUGUGGAGAAUGCAGCUGCUGUUUAAGUCCUAAAACUAACUGUUGCCUCAAGAACCAGUAAGUUUAUCUGACAUCUUCUAUUAAAUAUUUGUGUUUCUUAGUAAUAUUGAAAAUUAGCAUUUAGUCCAAUUUAUUAUGCAAACCAGUCUGAAUCUCCUCAACAGCCUCUAUGAACCUAUUCAAAAUCUGAUGCCAGAUAAGACCAGCAGGUUCACCUGCAGAGGGAAACAGAUCCACCACUUCCUACAAAUGAGCACCUUCUCCGAAUACACGGUUGUGCCUGAGGCUUCCAUCACAAAAAUCCACAAUGAUGCUCCACUAGAUAAAGUCUGCCUCUUUGGUUGUGCAUUUUCCACCGGCUAUGGAACCGCUAUCAAUUAUGCCCAGGUGAAAAUCAAUUCACAUUGAUUCCCUUGUGCUUCUCAAAUAAGUGAAACAAAUGUGUGCUUACUCCCUGCUGGAGAAUAGUGGCACCUUCAGGGAUCACUUUUCCUGUAACAAUUCCAAGAUGCAAAAAUAGCUGAUACUACUUCAGCUUCCCUGCUCUCAAUGGGUCCAGCCUCAUAAUAGUAGCUCUAAAAAGCAGCAGCAAGGGGCUGAUGGUUGGGUAAGUCAGUGUCUUUCGACCUCAUAGACCACCAAUGGGGAACAUGUCACAUCCAGGCACUGUUGGACUACAGUUCCCAUCAUUCUGAAUGGCCAUGUCGCCUGGGGUGAUGGGUGUUGAAGUGCAACACAGGUCCUCCUUCCCUAUCCGAGGCUGUUCCUUAUCCCAGCCUCCCAACUGCAUUCUUUUGUUUCUCUUGUUUGUCCCUUAUUCUCUUCAAUGAUUCCUGCCCAGUUGGUUAUUAAUUAUAUUAAUUAUAUUUGUAUUCCUUCUUUCCUCCCAGGACCUCAAGGUGGUAUACAUGGUGUGUCGUCGUCCCCAACAUUUAGCCUCACAAUAUUCCCAUGCUGGACUAAUACAGUGAUUGGCCCAAGGUGACCCAGUGAGCUUCAUGGCUAAGUGGGGAUCUGGGCCGUGAUCUUCCAGGUCCUAGUCCAACACCAUAACCACUACACCACAGUGUCUAUCAGUUCUGUCUCUCUAUGCCUCUUAUCUUCCGGUCUGCCAGUCUUCCUUCCUCCCAGAGCCUCAAUCCUGCUACAUCACUUGUGUUCUGGGAAGUCCCUAAUGCAGUUUAUAUCAAUUUGCAGGUUGAGCCUGGUUCCACCUGUGCUGUCUUUGGCUUGGGAGGUGUCGGUCUGUCUGUUGUCAUAGGCUGCAAAGUCGCUGGAGCAUCCAGGAUUAUUGGGAUUGACAUCAACAAAGAUAAAUUUACUAAGGCCAAAGAGUUAGGAGCCACAGAAUGCAUCGCUCCUCAAGAUUUCAAGAAGCCCAUGAAUGAGGUUCUGGUAGAGAUGACAGGUCUUGGCGUGGACUACGCAUUUGAAGUGACGGGAAAUAUUGACAUUGUGGUAUGUUUUCUGUUUUGGUGCUAAUCACUUGUGCUCACAUCCCCAUUUUUUGGCUCUCCUGUUCAGCCCAGGGCUCACAGCUUUGAUCUCUCAUUAUUUAAGCAGUGCACCUGGUUGGGACUAUUUAAAAGUUUUAGGUGGGAAAUUCAGAGGACUGAGGGAGGCUUCAUGGUUGGAGGAAAUAUGCUUCUGAAUUCUACUUGCUGGAAAAUGCAGAAGGAAAGAAGACUGCUGUACUCUGGUCCUGUUUGUGGGCUUCCCAAAGGCAUCCGGUUGGCCACUGUGAGAAUAGUAUGCUGGACUAGAUGGGACCCUGGCUUUUAUGUUCCUUUAUCUUUUCCUAUCCCGAGCUUGUUUUUCUUUGUGUCUCAAACAGGUCACUGCCCUUAAAUCCUGCCAUUUGGGCCAUGGCACCUGUGUGCUGGUUGGAGAACCUCCUGCAGGGGCACAGUUCUCAGUCGAACCUAUUCUGCUCCUCACGGGAAGGAAAUUAACAGGAUGUUUGGUUGGAGGUGCGGAUUGGUGAUACAUGGCAGCUCCUGCACUGAAUCAUAGAACGGGAAUUCAUGCUGAAGGUCACUGAGUGUAGAUCUUGCUCUGUGCAGGAUCUUCAGUGCAGGAUUCAGCCACAGCAUCCGUGACAGAUGGCCCUGCAGCCUCUACUUAAAUAGCCUCUACUUCAAGCCCAGGGAAACCCAUCAUCUACUGAGUCAGUCCUACGACCUUGUUGAAGAGUUCUUGUGAUGAGGAAGUUUCUCCUGAAAUCUGCUUCCCUGCAAUUUCCCCCAUUGAUCCUAGUUCUGCCCAAUGGAGUAACAGAGAAUUGUAGAUUUGGAAGGGACCCCAAGGGUCCAACCUCCUGUACUGCAGGAAACUCUGCUAAAACAUCCAUCCAACCUCUGCUUAAAAACCUCCAGUGAAAGUUGCCAUCCUUAUUGGUGGGCAGCAAAAUAAUGUAAGUGAAAUCUAGAGGUUUCAAAAUGGGUGCCUAGACCCAUUUAUAUGGUGACUUGGCAAUGCAAUGUCUGAAGACCUAUUGAAAUCUGUGCAAGUGAGGAACCCAAAUAUGAGGUUGAUGGAUAGUGUGGGAAAGUGUUGGUGGACAUAAUAGGUAUGCAGACUAAAUUUGGGGGCAGUCUUUAUUUAUUUUAAAAGCAUUUUCUGUCCUUCCUUUCCAUCCCAUUGGCUUUUGAUUCUACUAAUCUUACAUUGUUAACAUAAACAGAAGUUAUAUUCAUCUUCUAAAAAAUUUUUUUUAAUAAAGUUCACACAUCCUAACAUUUUAUAUUCUUUGGAAAUAAUCAUAAUCAAGCUUGCUGACUAAUCCAGUGUUCUUUUAUUUCUCCUGCCCCAGGUUGGAAGUUAAAAGAUGCUGUCCCUAAACUAGUUUCUGAUUACAUGAACAAGAAAUUUAAUAUGGAUGCAUUAAUUACUCAAACAUUGCCUUUUGAUAAAAUUACUGAAGGCUUUGAGCUUUUACUUGCAGGAAAAAGGUAUGUGUUCUAUUUUUUAUUUUAUUUUUACAUUCUUACAUUUCCUUUCUUCCAAUCAGUAGCAGAUAGAAUGAUAGGGUGGCAACACUUGGCUGACCUCCCGAUAGUUAUGGGGGUGAGGCGGAAGGUCGAGAAGGCUGGGAGGUCAGUGUGGUGAAAACACCCCAGCAGAACCAAUCCAGUGAUUCUACUAGUGCAUUUGCAUCAUGCCAACUUCCAAGCCAUCUCAUUCCUCUCCCUCUCCUUAAAACAUAAGAAGCUGCCUUAUACUAAGGCAGACCAGUAGUCUUUCUAGCUCAGUACAGUGGUACCUCGGGUUAAGAACUUAAUUCGUUCUGGAGGUCCGUUCUUAACCUGAAACAGCACUUUAGCUAAUGGGGCCUCCUGCUGCUGCCGCACCCCUGGAGCAUGAUUUCUGUUCUCAUCCUGAAGCAAAGUUCUUAACCCGAGGUAUUAUUUCUGGGUUAGCGGAGUCUGUAACCUGAAGCAUCUGUAACCUGAAGCGUAUGUAACACGAGGUACCACUGUACUGUCUAGAGCAGGGUUUCCCAAACUUGUGUCUCUAGCUGUUUUUGGACUACAUUUCCCAUCAUCCUUGACCACUGGUCUUGUAAGCUGGGAAUGAUGGGAGUUGUAGUCCCAAAACAGCUGGAGACACAAGUUUAGGAAACCCUGGUCUAGACUGAUUGGCAGAAGCCCCCCAGGAUUUCAGAGUAGGGACCCUCCCGUCCCUACCUAGGGAUAAAACCUGGAACUUUCUGCAUGCAAAUUAGAUGUUCUGCCACUAAGCUGAAACUGCUUCAGUAAGCAGCUGCAACUCAACUGUUAAGAGGCCCAUGGAAUGUUGCCCCCACCACCACCAUGCUGUCUGCUACUGCCUCCAAUGAUAUUGUUGUGGUUUAUUUUUACCCUCACAACAGCCUUGUGCAGUAGGUUAAGUUGGGAAAUAGUGACUGGUCCAAAGGCACCCUGUGAGUGCUUUGGAAAUGUCAGAAUUGGACUUUGAUCAAACCAAUCUAAAAUACUCCAGUUGGCAGCAUACAGAAUCACAACACAUGUCUUAAGAACUUUAAGCAGAGCCAGCCCUAUCGUUAGGCAGAGGACAUGAAUUUUGGUGCAACGUGAAAUGCCGUGUCCCCUAGGCUAACCUGUUUUCCUCAGGCACAAUGGUAUUCCUCAAUCAAAAUAGUAUUCAGUGAUCAGUCUGGUCAGCUUCUGGUCAAAUUGAAGGGAGGGGGUGCCAUCUUGUACUUUGACUGAGGUCACAAAAUCUAUUGGACCAGCUUUAGAUUUUCCAAGCAGAGUCAUGGUUAUUGCUAUGAUCUCUUUUGAUGUCUACUAAAUGUUGCUAGGGUGCUUUCUUGUACUUAUAUUAAUGUUUCGCCUUUUCUCUUUCAGUAUUCGCUGCAUUUUGUUGUUUUAAACUUCCAGAAGCAACUAGUAAAAGGGGCCUCAGCUGGAUAAGUACCUUUGCAUCCCUCUCCAAAUUCAACAGAAAUGGUUGAGGGUUAAGUCAGCAAUGAUGCAGUGGGCUAAAGAUUUAGGACAUAAUAUAUAAAUGAAUAUAUUGGAAAAGCUGUGGAAAAUUGACAUGAAAUUUACUACUUCAUAUGCUUUAAAAGAGAAUUAUAUAAAAAUGAUGUAUAGAUGGUAUCUAACACCUAACAAAUUGUCUAAAAUGUAUAAGAAGGUUCCUCAAGUAGAUGGAUCUUUUUUAUAGAGUGGACUUGUAAGAAAGUGAGGAUAUUUUGGGAAAUGAUAUACAGCGAGAUAAAAAAGAUGUUUAAAGUGAUCAUACAAAAAAAACCUGAUGCUUUUCUCUUAGGGAUUAUAGAGACAGAAGUUACAAAAAGAUGAUUAAGCUGUUUAUGUAUGUAACGACAGCAGCUAGGAUUCGUUGUGCACAAAAAUGGAAGGAAGAAGAGGUUCGCACCAAAGAAGAAUGGAUAAGCGAUGGAGUAUGCAGAAUCAGCAAAGCAAACAGCUUAAAAAAAGAGAAUGAGUACUGUUUUGUGGAAGAACUGAAGCCUUUUUCGGACUAUUUAAAGAAAUAUUAUAGUAUGAUGAAUUUGCGAGAAGGAUUUGAACCACAAGCAAUAGAAGGAAUUAGAGAUUAUUGUAUUAUUGUUAUUGUAUAAGAGCAAGGAGUUAAGGGGUAAAAUAAAAAACACCGUGAAAAAUGGGAUGAGAAGUCGAUAAUAAUUAUUUCUUUUGUUUUAUGUAUUGGAAUGUAUAUGUGAAAAUUUUUGAAAAUUUUAUAAAAUACAAUGGGG